CGUUUAUUUAUAUAUUUAUGUUAUCGGGUGUAAUUGAAAAACCCGAUAAACACCAUCGGUUUUUAACCUAAUCUUAUAAUCAAAUAAACCACAAAUGUAAGCAGCAUAUGCGAAUAUUUUUUAAAACCUUGACGGCAUACGAACGAUUAAAUUUUCUCGGUCAGAGUGAUGACAUUUAUCGGUGCGGCCUGCUAAAGAAACCCGAUCCUUUCAGAUUUUAUAAUAUAAAACUGAAUCUACCUCAAAAUAAUGCCUUAUGAAUUAGAAGCGUUUAUUCCCCAUAUAAACAAUAUCGAGAGGCUUUUCAAUGGGGUGAAACAACGAACUCGCGAUGGGGACUUUUACGAUGAAUUAAUUCGAUGUGAGAACUUGGAGGAGGUUCGGGAGCUUCUGGAGGGGGCCACCGAGAGUGACUUAGUGAAAUCCAGGUUUAGUGAGACACUGCUACUUAAUUUCAAAAAUAUCCUGAACGUAGCCUGUACCGACCUGAACCUACCUCCUGAAAAAUUCCAACUCUUAUACGAGCACAUCCUGAAUCGUUUUAGUCAAUUGGACAGUUACGGUGAAGAGAACUGGUACUAUUGGGAACCGAUACAUUUCGCUGUCUACUUAACUUACGAGGAACGGCUCGGUACCAUUGUGAAAGUAUACUCGGAAAACAAGGACAAACUGAACGUUUUAACCGUUUUCUCCGAGAACGCUUUGCACGUGCUGCUGGAGUACGGGCGCAGGACGGAAUCGUUUCACGUGCAACUGUCCAACGGGUGGGAGAGCAGGCUGUGUCACGUAAUUGCCGAGGAGAAAGCGGAAGUGGUCCGUUGCGCCAAGAUACUUAUCGAUGCGGGCGUCGACAUAAACCACAACAACAUCUGGAACGAGACCCCCCUGUUGAUCGCCAUAAGGUACAGACUCCUAAACGUGAUCGAGCUACUGCUGAGGACCGGAACGGCCGAUCUGGACACGUGCAAGGAUCCAUACACGAAGAAAUCCGCGAGAGACAUGCUGAGAGAGCACGAAAUCCACCUGGACCUCCUCCUCCCUAAUACCGUAACGGUUUCCUCGGCAAACAUGUUAUUCACGUUCUUAAAAGGUCGCGAGGAAGAGGAGUUCCUGAGGUACAACAACGAACACGUGCAACCGUGGGUGAAAAACACCGAGGGGAUUCCGGGCACGAGCACCAUGCUCCAACUGUGCCUGAUCAAGGGCUACAUUGACUUUGAAAAGACCGCGAAACCUCCGGAAGAAACCCCGGACGAGGGGGACAUUUUAAAAACGGCGAUGUUGCAGUUCUUUUGUCGCAUGGGAUUCGGUAGGAGCGUCGAGCAUUUAUUGAACAACGGCGCGGACGUUAAUUAUAAAUCGAACGUUCUCGGUAAGAGGGACGUGUUCCAAAUGGCCGUGAAGUUGAGCUAUUAUCCUUUUUUAACCAUUUUAUUGGAGCAUAGAAGCGGUCAGGUGAAAGAGAGACAGUUGCUGGAUGUACUGGAGCGAACCGAUGAGAAUUUGUUUAGGGGGGCCAACAGGAACGUGAGGCACACUUUGUUUUUAUUGACGAGUAAACUGGAGAUGUUUUAUCAGUCGUCGAGGCCAGUGGAAAUCGAUUUGAAGAGCAGAAAGGUGCUAAACCGGAUUUUGGAUUUGUAUUUGGAGUAUAAUACGGAUGACGAGUAUAAAGAGAAUAUUUGUCAAGUAUUGAGGCUGGGUGCCUCGUUAUGCAACGAGAGGCUGGAAAAGGUCUCUUAUGACACCCUGAAGGCCCAUUUGGACGAGUGCGUGGGGCCCACCAAUAAAGUUUGCUAUGACAGUAUUAUAAGUGACGACAAUGAUGUUUACUCGGAAACGGCAGCGUUACACUAUUUAGCGCACGAUAGUAAGAAACGUGACUUACUGAACCAUCCGGCCCUCAUUUAUUUGAUUCACGCCAAAUGGGAACGGACCUGCAAGUUUUUUUACAUGGAUUUCGUGCUUUAUUUGUUGUUUUUCUUGGUGUUGUGCGUGUACAUGGUGCAGUUGCAAGUGAACUGCGUGAACACUUCAGUGAAGGCCUUUUUAAUUGUACUGCUAUUGAUGGUGAGCAUCAAAGAGUUGGUGCAACUGUUGUUUUAUUUUCCGCGUUACUGUUGCGAGGUUACUAAUUGGCUGGAGAUUGGCACAAUAGUUUGUUGCCUUUUUAACUUGUUUACGCGAGUCGAAGAGCUUAUGGUGGGCGCUAUUUUGCUUUCCACUAUGAUGCUGCUGCUUCUAUUGGGUCAAUUUCCGAAGUUUACUAAAUACAUGAUUAUUUUUAGCUCUACCAAGUACUUUCUUGAGUACGUCUCGUUUUAUUUCAUACAGUUCGUCUCUUUUGCUUUAUGUUUCUUUAUUUUGUUGCCGCCUCCGGAAAGUGACGACACGCCGGGAGUUUGGAACACCUUCGGGCAAAUUACCUUGAAUCUGUUUAACACGCUGAUAUUUUUCAUCGGACAGUAUGACGGUGACAUCACGGAGGUGCCUAAAUUUCCGGUUUUUGGUAGAAUUAUCGUCGCCAUGUUCAUUUUUUGCAUGACGAUCAUCUUGAAUAACUUGCUGGUCGGUUUGAUCGUGACCGAUAUGGAUUUUAUACAGAAAACUAGUAAGGAACAAAGACAAGUGUCCUCGAUCAGGUACAUAACUAGAAUUGAAACUUUUCAUCGACAGUCUGACAAAGUGUUCUUCGGAAAAUGGUUGAGGAAAUGUUUUGGGAACACCAAAGUGUUUUGUAGCGGAGAACGGAAAAUCGUUGACGAUAUCAUGACAGAUGCCUCAGUUUUUGACGACAUCGAUAAGGCGUAUUUAAAGGAAAUUCACGAUAAUAGAUUACAGAAGAAGAACGUUCUUGUAAACUUGUAUGAGUAUAUCGUCGCUGAGGUAUAUAACGACCAUAAUAAGGGCUUAAGGGAGAAUCGGGAUAUUUUAAUAAAAUUGUCCAGGUUAGAGGAGCAAUUGAGAAAGAGACGCCCCAGGUAACAGAUUUAUUAACGUGCCAAACAUAUGGUUAAGUAAUAUGUUCCUAAGUUGCUCAUAUAUAGAGUACAAAACUUUUAUGACUUUAUAUAGGUACUUAUUUUUAUCAAUGCUAGUGACCUUUUUACAUUUAUAUUCGUAAUAUUUUAUUUUGUAUUAAUUUUUUUAUUAAUAUACCGGUAUGUUAAAAAUAAA